GCACGCAUCUUUUUUCACUCAGCUUAAAACCUGAAAAAAUUUUCCAAUUCUGGCUGUUGUUGGUGUUGUUCUGAUCAUAACUGCGCACAAUAUACCGAUGGGAGACACCGCCGGCAACAGCAACAACGAUAACAGUAAAACGACGUCAUUUUCACUUCCUCCAGGUUGCCGAUUCUACCCUUCUGAAGAACAGCUUCUCUGUCAUUACCUUACUAACAAAAACGCAUACGCGGAUGAAACCGGUAAUCCAUUUGGUUAUGAUUUUAUAAAAGAACUAGAUUUGAACGAGUGCCAACCUUACGAGUUACCGAAGAAGGCGUGUUAUGCGUACGGCCGCGGAGGAAGGAAGAGGCACUGGUUCUUUUACUGUAAAGCAAGGGUUAGAAAUGGAAGAAAUAGUUGGAGGGCCAAGAAUGGGUAUUGGAUAAAGAAAGAGAGAAUUAGGAAGGUAGUGAAGAAUAAUAGUAGAGGGAAGGUUAUUUUAGGUAGCAGAGCGAGCUUCGUGUUCUGUUUGGGCGAUUCUCUAGAAACAGCCGUGAGGACUGACUGGGUCAUGCAUGAGUAUGCACUUGCUCACCACGUCAAGACCUCUUUUGUCCUCUGCCGAGUAUUUGUAAAGUCUCAUGGUGGAAAUAGCUUAUCAGAGAUUGGUUUAAGUUCUGUUGCAGAAGAAAGUGUUUCUGCUGUGCGUCAUAUCGGCGUUCAGCAUGAUGGAUAUCUUACACCUGACAUUGUCAAAGUUAAAGAGCAUGAUGACAAACCUGUUGACUGGAAAAAAGAUACAUCGGAAAAGCAAAUGCAAUUGGUUGGUUCAUCUGGGUUUGCUAGUGGUGGUAUGUUUGUUGAUGUUGAUGCAGCCCAGCAAUCACUAUCAAUCCUGGAGGAAGAUUAUAUAGAGUUGGAUGAUCUUGGGCAUUGAUUGUACAUGAAAGCUUUGAAGAAUGUGUGGACACCAAUCAAGAUAUGUGAAUUGUGUUACUGUUGAUUAGUGCAAAAUAUGAUGAAUUAAGUUGCUGUUGAAAAAAAGAAUGAGGUGAAUUAUGUCACUGUUGAUACUAUGGGAACGAGGUGAAUUAUGUCACUGUUGAUACAAUGGAAAUGAGGUGAAUUCAGUUUCUGCUGAUAUAAUGGAUCUGAGAUUGGAUCUAACUUCCAGCUAAAGAUAAGGGUGUUCAUGAGCCAGCCAUAAAAUUACAAGCAGUCUAUAUAUUGAAGUAAACUUCUGAGAAUUUGUAGCGGGACUGUUUUGCCUUUUAAGAUUGCUCUUAAUGUCGAAGCCCUAAUAAAAAAGAUAAAGAGCUUGAUUGAUUGGAUGGUGGCCAGUUGAAAGCAAUUUUAUGUAUCAGCUGCUUCACCCAGCUGCGUGUUCAUCUUAAGUUUUGUCUGUUUAUGGUGGAGUUCUUUAUCAUUCUCAUUGUUGGAAUAAUUAGCUUUUCCCCCUCAUUACUCUGAAUCUUGCUUCAACAAGGCAUCUGUUCCUUAAAGCUGUUCUGUUUUAUGCUUAUGAACUUUCUUUGUGCAGAGGUAGAUAAAGUUAUCUCAAUUGUGGAUUUUUCUGGAAGGCCAACUUACUGCUUUGGCUGAUGAAAUUAUCGUAAGUUGGAUUCUAGAAAUGUUCUGCUGUGGGGGCCAAUUGAGAUUCUUCAAGUAUGGUUCCUUAGUGUUUACUUUCCUACAGCAGACCUGUUAGAAUGGAACUUUUUAUAUUAUGCUGUUUCAUGAGAUGGUGACAAAUCAUUUAUAAUUACCUGAACUCGAUAAUAAUUAACUUGUCGUGAUUGACUUAUUCA